AAGGCCCAGAGAGGUUGACUUACAUGUAAGAUUGGUGAGACUGUAUGCUGUAAGAGGACGGCUUGAUGAGGCUUUUACUCAUUGUGUGACAGUUUUAAAAACAAAAGCCUUCCAAGACAGUCUACCAUGGAUUGCUUGUUGUGUGGAAAUGUUUGAGAAAUACCUUGCAUCUCUAGAAAAGCACUUAUUGGAAGAUGAGGCAGUCAGUGCUGGUAACAGCAUGCUUGAUGUUCAUGCCUACCUUCUGAUUGCUCUUUGUCAGUUUUUGGAACUUAACCUCCAUGAAUGUAGCACUCGUGAAGUUAUCAAUGUUCUCUUCAGGUUGGAUCACUGUUUGUUUAUGGCUGAUGGACGUAAAAUCCGCCAGUCACCAAGACGAUCCACAUCUGGUGGACCAACUGAGUGGGAAGUGAUCCUAGCAGAGAUGAAAGCUCAGCUUUACAUGUACUGCGGCACUUUGUUAAUUCGACUUGCCAAAGAGAAAUUUGUAACAUGGCCUAGAGGGCUGAGAUUUGCAUGUGCCUGUUACUUGGCAAGUGUCAGUAUUCCACCGCCUGAGACAAAAACACCAUGGGUUGCUAGAGCUCCUAAAAACAAAGACCCUCUCAAGUGGUACAUCAUGGCUUGCUCACGGCUCAGUCAAACUGGACAUUUCCUUAUGGCCACAAGAGACAAGCUUGGUCAAGACUGGUUGGAAAUGUGUUACACAGACUGCUGUUCAAGGCAAGGGAAACAUGACAUCCUCAGUACAAUUUACAGGGAUGUGAGAGAUUUAAAUAAAUCUUUCUUGGCUUUCGAUGAACACUUCUGUGAGAAUGAGCUGACAAUACCUGAAGUUGAUCAAUUGGUCAGUUGGGAUGAAGUGGCAGUUAGGGAGAAUCCUCGCAGCCUAGAAAAGAUCACAUGGAUAGGAUUACACUGGUAUCAAUACAACAAGGAAAUGAGGCCUGGAGUGGGUACUAUGGUGAAGGACAUUUUUCCAGAGCUGAGACUUGAUGUUCUAAGCAUUCAGAAACAGAUUGCUCCUAACAUGUUAUGCUUGAGGGACCUGGAGGCAUUUGUUUAUGCAAUUGUAAGGACUUCAGCAGCUAGAGUUUUGGAGGACAAAGACAUUGUUUAUGAGGAUUAUGAGCCUCAAAUUCUACCUCAGCCACUUUGCAAUACUCUAAGCUUACCUGUGCAACAGGAGUGGUGGACAUGUGCUUAUAAUCUCUACACUGGAAAAUAUAGUGUUAAAGAUUCUAAUAGAACUUGCCACACUGUUCAGUGUGGCAUGGAGAAAAUACGAGCUGUGGAUGAGAGACAUGGUCUGCAAGUUCAACUGCUGAUCUACCUUGCCAAAGCCUUUGGAUCCAAGGCAACGUAUCUGAAGGGAAGUGUCCCAAAUCCAUGGUUCUAUGAGGAACAUUGGAAGAGUAUGGAAAAAUGGAGUUUACACUACUUCAGACAAGCAGCCAAAAUCUUGGAAAUGCAUGAAAAGAACGAGUCUAUACCGUACUGCGAGAAUCCCUUAUUUCCUCAUGUAUUUGAUGAACUACAGGAAAAUGAUUUGAAAACGCAGUUUCAGUCUGUCCGAUUGGCAAUAGGAGGUGGCUUAUUGAAGGAAGGAAAGAUCUUUGAAGCCAUGGAACUCUUUGAAAUGGUCAAAACACCUCCAGGAUUGUACAAUCUUGCACAGGGUUACAAAUACCUUGCACAUGUUGAGCAAUGUGCAGCAACUGAGGAGUCAGAGGCAGAAACUACUUUGCCAUCCCAGUAUUACCAAAAUCUGCGGAAGGCGCGAGAAUUACUUCAGUCUUAUCUCAAGAUAGCUAACCCCUCUGAUAUUGGUCGAAAGGCUGUCGUGGAUGAGCUUACAGAGAUAGAGAACUUGAUUAGAACUGGAGUUCUACAGUCCAAGCCAGCAUCAGGCCAACGUCUAGACAGUCAUCACAGUUCGUCUUAUCCAGGAAGCCGGCGCAGCUCAACUAAUGCGUCAGAGGUACAGGAAUCCGAUGACAAUUUCUGGUUGGAACAGCCACAUGACGCCAGCACAAAAGAUCUGAUUGCUAAAUUGAGUGAAGUGACUCUUAAUAAUGGCUACCUGCAAGAACAAAUGGCCAUUAGAGAUGAAGCCAUGAACAGCAUGUCUGAGCAAAUACAACAUUUACAGAAACAAAUAAGCAUGUUACAGGCGUCAAGUUAUGGAUAUCUCUCAUUUCCUGAUGCCACUUCACUUUAUCCGAGUCCAAAAGAUCAGAGUAGACCUAUGUUCGAAUCCACUCCGGCUGGUACAAAGCAGAUGUCUCUAUCAGAAGGCGGAAAACCUCUGACGUCGCCAAGGAUCAAGGGAUCAUUGAAGAUUGAUUCAAGUUUCUUUGCCGGUUUAAGCGCAAGCAACAGCCCAGAAAAACGAGUAGAGCAGGUUGAGGAGCUCGUGACAUCACCUGUGUCGCCUGGAAGGCCAAGACACGAUUCUUCCACUUCAUAUACUGAAGAUGUUCAUUUCGAACCACUCAUACCCCUCCCUGAACGAGUUGAAGUACAAACUGGAGAGGAGGAUGAAGAGGUCAUGUUCAGUAGCAGAGCUAAGCUGUAUCGCUAUGACAAAGAUGUAUCUGCUUGGAAAGAGCGCGGUAUUGGCAUAUUAAAGAUUCUUUAUAACUCAGAGAAGGGACGUAGUCGAAUAUUGAUGAGACGCGAGGCAAUCCAUAAGAUUUGUGCCAAUCACUUUAUUACAGAUGAUAUGAAGUUGACAGAAAAGAAAGGCACAACCAAUGCAUGGAUUUGGAACACUUUUGCUGAUUAUUCAGAGGAGAUUGGAAAACCAGAACAAUUGGCAGUGAGGUUCAAAACCCAAGAUGAGUUUCUAUUGUUCAAGGAAAAGUUUGAGCACUGUCAAAACUUACCAAAGAAAGAUACCUCUAACGUACAUAAAACGGCACAAUCUGCAAACAAGAUUUCCGACUUCAUGACUAAAUUGGCUCCAAAACCUGGCUGUUGGUCAUGCUCUGUGUGUUGGAUCUCCAAUGAGGAACGUACAUGUGUGUGCAUGGCCUGUGGAGCUGCUAAGUUGUCAGAGGGAAAUGCAUCUGUCUCCCCUGAGGCUUCCAAGUCUGGUUUCCAAUUGGUUUCGCCAAUUGGUUUACAAGGAAAACCGUCACCUGACGGUCCAUUUACAGUUAGAAAUGUCAAGACAGGGACGGCAUUUACCGCUGCAAAUAGUGCUCUUGGAACAUCGGAUGGAACGUCAAACAGCUUCCCUUUUAGUUUUGCACUUGGGAAAGAUGGUCAAAAAACUAUUGAUACCGGUGCGACUGAGUCGCAAGUUGAAUUUGGAGAGAGCGAUGUGCAAACGCUACAUACAGCCUCGAGCAAUUUGCCAUUCAGGUUUUUACUCAGAGAAGGUGUUACUAGAAUGGAGAACUCAAGUUCAAGUGGUUCCCCUUUUGCGUUUGGUACAUCAUCAGCAGGAAUAGCUGGUAACACGGCAUCUGGUUCCGAUAAAGGUGCAUUUACAGUGCCAGCAGGGACAAAGCCUACAACGGCUCAAUCAUUUGUGUUGGCGCCCUUUGGAGUCCCUGCUAACGCUGACAAAUCAAACUCCCCCGCCUUCACUUUUGGUUCGUCAAGCAUGACUGGAUCAUCACUUCCUUCCUUGACGACAGAGAAAGCUGCCUUUGAAAACACCGUAUCAUUUGGCUCCUUUAAUACUGGGAGGUCCCCAACUUUUGAUCCAGAUUUAUCUGCAUCCGAUACACGGACAGAUCCUCUUCCAAGCGAGAGAUCUGAUGUAGACAGCCAAGUGCCACAAAAUAUUUCAGAGCAUGCUUUGCAAGGUCAAACUUAUCCUCCAUUUUCUUUUAGUACGCCUACCACCAAUUUAGGAAUCUCCGAACAGAAAUUGUUUUGGCAACAACCU